GUCCCAUAUCGCGCGUUGUAGCUCAUCGUCCUCUUGAAGAGACCCAUUCUUUUCAUUUGCGACAUCCCCUCUCCAGAUGGAGGAAUUACCUUCAGCUACCAGAAGCAUUUACAAAGAAAACUUUGACAGCAGCACCCACAGUUUUGGUGGUCGGUCAACCACGUCGUUGAGAGGUCAUGCUGCCCCAAUUGCAGGAACUGGCUCUGCCGAUGAGGCUCAGCCAGAGUCGGACCCAUUCGCUGAUCCCUUCGCCAGGACUACUCCGGCCGGAAUCGUAAUCAACGCCCCUGCACAUCAUACCGACGCUGACGUACCUCAACCAGAGGGUCAACCAGCAGAUACAGAUGCAGCAGCAGCGCCCGCUGCUGCCCCUAAACCUCCUCUUUACAAGCGAAGAUGGUUUAUAAUCACUUCAAUAGUCGGCGCUUGUUUGGGCAUUGCGUUGCUUUUCAUCGUUCUGUUCCCUGUGCUCCGCGCAAUCGUCCAGUAUGUAAUAAACCAAUCCACGUUAAAUAUUCAACAGGCGGCAAUAUUGUCCCCUUCAAAUACCUCCUUCACCUUGGCAAUGCUAGGCGUUGUAUCUCAUACUGGUAUUUUCUCCGCCACAGUGGCCUUCUCACAGCCAGUAAACGUGAGCUGGAUGAAUGGCAGUGUUGAAGUACCUCUCGGCUAUAUGUCGCUUUCGACUCUGUAUGCUUCCAACAAACGGGCGACGAUUAACGAUACCACGACUUUCUACAUCACGGAUCAAAAUGCCUUCGGCCGCUUCACAAGCUCGAUGAUUACUUCACAGAAUUUCACUUGGAAGUUACAGAGUUCCAAUCUGAAUGUACAGGCGAUGAAGUUCCCCACCGCGCAUGGUAUUUCAUUUAAUAAGCUAGUGACCAUUAAUGGCACGAACAAUUUUGCGGGGAAUGUCAUUCUCGAGGACAUGCAAUUGCCCAGUGACAAUCCUGGGGGAGGUAUCAAUUUUGUAGCGGUUACCCAGCUGAACAACACAAGCCCUUUCACACUGGGGCUAGGAACGGUAGUUUUUGACCUCGUGUACGAAAACGUCUAUCUUGGUACUGGAACAGGAUACAAUACCAAUAUUGUCCCUGGACCUAACAACAUCUCGUUGAGCGGUGUUUUGGUACCCCAGACGACGCCUUCCAACCUUGCAGCAGUCUCGCAGCUUUUCACGAAUUACAUCAAUUUCGAAAGCUCGCCUGUUAUUGCAGUGGGCAAGUCAACACUGCAGCCUGAUGGUUCAGAGAUAUCUUGGCUUAGCCAGGGUUUGGAAAGCCUUCAGCUUACGGUGCCCUUCAAGUCAACGACGCCGAUCAACCCAAUUCAGUCGAUCCAGAUAGGGAGUAUGGCGCUUGGAUUCACUCCAGAGACAGCAUGGACACCGCGAACGGACAGCAACUCCGUUCACGCGACUAUGCGGUUGCCUUUCGGGUUUGGACUGUCGAUCUCCGAGAUCCAGAAUGAAUUCAUAAUCGUCAAGAAUGGUUCGAAUGUAGCGGGUUUGAAUACGCCUCUGGGUGCAUCAACGUCUGCAAUCACUGUGCUGAGCCCGACGGACACUGAGGGUACCAUUAACAUCACUAUCGCCGACAGCGUUUUAAAUGCUACGGAUUCGGAGCAUGGUAGUUUCGCUGCGUUCAACAUGGAACUCACGGAUUCUACCACUACUGAAUUCCUACUGGUUGGAAAUUCUCGCGCGGUCGCGAACAUGAGCAUCGGUCAGAUUACCUUGGACCCUAUCAAGGUCAACGUAUCUACCAGUCUUAAUGGCCUGCAAGGUCUGAAGGGGUACACCACUAUUGGGGCUGUUGACGUUAUGGGCGGGACCCAGCAGGCCCUCAAUCUUAGCAUUGAUGUGUCCAUCUAUAACCCUUCUAGUCUUGAUCUCGCUACUGGCGACCUGGUACUCCAACUGCAACGCGGCGGUGCAAUCCUCGGAACGGCACUGAUGCCUAAUUUGAGUCUGACCAUGGGGAACAACUCUGUUCACUCGACAUCUGCUUUCGAUCCUAACAACUCACCCGAAGGAUUGCAAACGCUCAGCCAGUUUGUUGGUGGCCAAGACGUGGAGCUUAAUAUCGUGGGCUAUAGUGGGAGCACGCAAGUCGCUUCUCUCCAGGAAGCCUUUGAAAGUAUGAACAUCAACGCUACGCUCCCUGGCCUCAACUCCAGUCUCUUGUCGACGGGUUCUUUGGAGAUCCUUCCUACCACUUUUGUAACAAACAACGUCAGCCAGGUCACCGUAGCCCUCGUCAAUCCUUUCACUGCAGGCUUCGACAUCACCAGUAUCUCAUCCAAUGUCACUUCGCAUGGGUUGCACCUUGGUUCCAUUAACACUGUGACGAAUUUCAACUCUGCAGGGAAAUCGACCACGAAGUCUCCCGCCCUCAACAUGACCAUGAACUACGAUCCGCCAACGCUCUUCACACUGACUCGCGUGCUCGCCGUGCAGGCAGGUUUGGAUCCCACGCAACUGGAUGGCAUCGUAGCUCUUGGGGAUUAUCAAUAUGUAACUGCCACAACGGCGGACUCUGAGCCAGUCCCUCAGCAACAACGGAGAGCUAACAUAUACACGGGAUUUAAUCUGCCGAAUUUUGUUGACCAAGCGUUCAAGCAGUUGAGGAGCGACAUUCAGCUUACUUCACAACUUACGAUUGGGGACUACGCGACGACACUCAGUUAUACUCAGACUGGUGUCCCCAUUUCUACGGACAGCAGCCUCAACUUAAUCCUGCCCAUCUUGGCGAAACCUAUCGUUCAGAAGAUCGUCGGUGGCAGCGUCCUGGGUGUAGAAUCUGUUCUCAUCACUAACCCUCAAGAGACAAUGUUUGGCACACAAUUGAACGGAAGCAUCACAAACGCCGGGCCUUUUGACGCGACAAUCACAUUCAAUAAUGGACUCACUGUUUCGUGGGGUGGUCAGCCGAUUGGUGUGAUGAAGCUGGAUCCCGUAAAUGUUGUUGGUGAUGUCGGAGCUACUCUCAACGUGCAAACUACGUUUGAGGUCGCAAAUGCAGAUUAUUUGGCCAAUUUCACCAAGGUUAUGCUCAAUGAUGAAGCGUUUGAAUGGGAUAUUUCUGGCGAUAACUUGACUGUCAGCGCUCUUGGUAUCGAAGUGACUGGCAUCUCCCUUCCUUCAAAAGCGGUCACCUUGAAGGGCUUCAAUGGUCUUAAGAAUGGUGUGAUCAUCAACUCCUUUGACCUACCGUCCAACGACCCUGCUGGUGGAAUCCAUCUGACGAUCAAUUCAGAGGUCAUCAACCCUUCUCAAGUUGGCAUUGAACUCAGCUCCAUUGCAUUCAACACCUAUGCCAACGGCAUCGAGAUAGCUCCAGUCUCUUCAACUUCGACUGUCACGCUAGCUCCUAAUUCUACCUCAUCACUCGGGUUAGCUGGUCGGCUCAUUCCGCAGAACUCUCCAGAAGGGCUCGCAACUGUUUCCGCUAUUUUCAACAACUACAUUCAUGGAAUGGACAGCCAAGUCACUGUUUAUGGCGCUAGUGCUGGCCCGAGCGAUGUCACUUGGCUGAAUGAAGGUAUCCAAUCCCUCCAGGUGGCGACGUCGCUGCCGAACACAGGAAAGCUCAACAUCAUCCAGUCAAUCAAUCUCGAACAACUGUCUCUCAUGUUCACUGAGGCUACGGCAUACGAUCCAAUGUCAGGCAGUAAUUUGACCACUGCUGCGUUCACUCUUCCUUUCGCUUUCCCUGUCGAUAUCACGGCGCUUGCACAGAAUAUCACCGCUGGAUACAACGGCCAAUCUUUUGCUGAACUAGUGAUCCCACGGGGCCCUAGCACAACUGACGUUCAGAAUCGUAUCAUUUACUUGACGUUUAGCGAUGUUCCGUUUGCUGUGUAUUCUGACCAGCAUGAGACAUUCCAGAAUUUCGUAUCUGCUACGACGCUAGGCUCUUCGCAAACGUUGGCGCUGUCGGGCGCUGCGAAUGCUGAUGCCUCUACGGCCGUUGGAGUAUUGUCUCUAAUGGACAUCGAGUUCUCCGUGCAAUCUACGAUCGCGGGAUUGCAAGGGCUCAAGGCGAAGCCUGCCUCCGUUGCCAAUCUGGACGUCAACCAUGGAUAUUCGGAUUACCUGCUGAUCACAGUGGACACGUCACUUUUCAACCCAAGCAACCUGACAAUUGGCACUGGCGAUGUUUCGUUUGCGCUGCAGUUCCAAAACCAAGUUAUUGGAUCUGCCGAUCUGAGCAACAUGAUCAUUCUGCCUGGGAACGUGUCAUAUCCUACUGAUGUCCACUACUCACCUCAGGGAUCUGCGCAAACAGCAGCUGGACAAGCAAUGCUCGAGAACUACCUCCAGGGCGUCGAUUCUCAAACAAGCAUUACGGGGACCUCCAGUUCCACUCCGAUUGGCUCUUUGGAACCGGCUCUUGCGCAAAUCAAUUUGUCACCAGUGACGAUCCCGGCCUUGCACCAGAACCUCAUUGGUAGCGCUUCCCUGGAGUUUCCGACUGACAUCGUUCAAACUGGUGUGGCGUCGACGACUUUCACUUUGGCAAACCCGUUCACGGCGAGCAUCAACCUGCUUGAAGUUACCGCAAUAGCGACCUACCACAACCUGACCCUUGGCGCUAUCAAUCAUGUUGACAUGUCUUCUAAUCCAAUCCAUGCUAAUGGACACUCCAAUAUUACGUCGCCUGUGCUUCCGUUCAACUUCAACCUCGACCCGUUGACUAUCAUUCAGUUGAUCACCCUUUCUGCUCAAGAGGAAAAUGUCAACCUUGGUCCUCUGACGAGUCUAUUCCAGCUGGUUGUUAACGACCCGAGUUUCCACCCACCUAUCAAUACGUCGGUAGAUACAAGUAGUCCAACUUGUGUCAGCGGCAACCAGUUCGACAUUAAUGACGCUAUUGUGAACGCGUUGAAAGGGUUACAAGUCACACUUGCCGUGGACUCUGCCGUCCAACUUGAUGAUUACGCAACAAAUCUUGCCUUCAAUCAAUAUGGAGUUUCUGCCAUUACGGAUAGGACGUCGUUGUAUUUGAUUGGUGCGGUGGGUGGGCCUAUUACCCAAGACCUCGUCAACGGCGCAGCGCUAGCUUUCACCGAAGCAAACAUCACGGGCAUCACAAACGAGGGCUUCCAGCUCUCCUUGCAAGGAUCCUUGACCAACGUUGGUCCUCUAGAUGCUCUGAUCGAGUUCGUUGAUCCAGUAACGGUAACGUGGGAAGGCCAUAAUAUUGCGACCAUUGCGCUGCCUCCAGUAUGUGCUGCCGCGAAUACCGGGGUGCCGAACUAUAACACGCAAGGCCAGCUAGUAAUUACCGAUCAAGUCCAGUUCACAUCAUUUGCGACGUAUUUGCUGCACAAUCCAAGUUUCGAUUGGACAAUAUCUACUUCCUCCCUCAGGCUAACUGCUCUGGGAACAAUUUUCAAUGGCGUCUCACUGUCAAAGACGAUCACCUUGAAAGCAUUCAAUGGUCUUCCAGGUGUCACGAUCAGUAACUUCCAACUCCCCUCCGAUGAUCCAGCUGGGGGUAUUACGAUCUCGACAGACUCGAUCAUUCCUUCCCCUGCUCAACUUGGCAUUGACCUUGGAAAUGUUGGAUUCCAAGCCUACUUCGAGAACACUCUCAUUGGACCACUUACUGCUAGUGACCUCGUCCUCCCACCUGAGUCCUCAGUGACAUCCCACCUCAAUGGACAAAUGAUACCUCAAAGUGGCUCUGGUCUGACUACUAUCGGCAAAUUAUUCUCGGAAUACCUGGCUGCGGAUAAUAUUACGCUAAAUGUCCAAGGUGACACUGUUCAGCCUCCCGGUGCAAACGGACCAGUAACAUGGCUCAGUACCGCCUUCAAGACUCUCACACUUGAUGUUAUUUUGCCUGGAGAGAAGUUCGACGUUAUCCAAUCGAUCACACUCUCGGAUUUGAGCUUAACAAUGCAGAACCAGGGCCAGGCGUUUGCUCCAUUAUCAGGUUCUAAUAACACCGUGGCGCAAUACAAGAACCCCUUCGGUUUCUCGUUGCAAGUGAUUCAGUCCACUGUCAACAUGGACCUCAGCUUUGGAGGUACAGCUGCCGCUCAGCUGAACCUUCCCCAAUCCAACAACGUUGGAGGGGUGUCAACCGGGAAUCUCGCUACCUUGCCGAUCAGCUUCCAGAACGUGCCAUUGACUUCCGUCAACAACGGCGCCUUUGAAGCCAUGUUUGCCCAAGUGACGGACAAAAAUUCGGCAGACCUAGGAUUGAGUGGAACUGCUGAUGUGACCGCCAAGACUGCCAUCGGCAAUGUUCCCAUCUCAGCAAUUGCUUUCGAUGUCACUUCAAGCCUAGCUGGCAUAAACUCCUUUGAUGGCAAGGCGACGAUAACCAACAUCUCGAUUUCUGGCAGCGGUGGCAGUGGUGGCAAUCAAUAUGUCAUCUCGCCCCUCACGUCUUCGAUGAACAACCCGUCCAACGUUUCACUUGACACAGUUGACAUCGCCCUGCCAGUGUACUACCAAAAUGUCAUGAUUGGUCGAGCAGCAUUCAAUCCUUUCAACUUGGUCCCAGGAGAAAAUACGAUGCCGGGAGAGUUCCAUUACGAGCCUGCAAACCCGAAUGAUACCGUCGCUGAGGGCUUCCUCACCAGCUUCCUGCAAACUGGCAAUAGCCUUCCACUUACCAUCCAAGGAGAUUCUGCGAGUACGCCAUUUGCAUCACUCCAGCCGGCACUCGAAGGAGUGACUUUGACAUCUAGUGUCACAGGCUUGAAUGUAGCUCCUAUCAUCUCCCACUUAUACCCUGAGAUCACCCUAGCAACACUCGUGACCAACGAAAUCAAUCUCAGCUUCGACGUUACUAACCCUCUCGAUGCUGAGCUCGAGAUCUCAUUUGUGCAGGCUGAUGGCUUGAUCAAUGGAGAAAUUUAUGCACAUUUGGACCAGGCAUUCAGCUCGUUUGUCAUCCCUCCAAAGCAGACUGUCAACAGUGGAAAGUUUGGAAACGUUAAGCUAGUCAAGGGUGCCCUUGCGUCCCUACCCAUCAUCCCAUUGGGCUAUUUGGACAUCCAAAGUGUUGCAACGACGAGGGUGGGCAGUGGCGGAUACCAGAUUCCCUGGCUGCAUAUCAAUCAAAACCAUGUCACUGCCUCGUAUGAUCUCGGCGUCAGUCUCGCGGACCUUUCUUCAGCAGCUCAGUCCACGACGGCGACAAUGUCUGGUGGUUCGACCGCAUUGAUUCCCUCACCGUCGGCCGUGAUCACAGGACUUGGAUCCUCCCUACCAAGCUCUGGAGUCCCGACGUCUGCGGAACCUGUGCCCUCCGGAUCCAACCUAGUAAGCAUGCGUUGCAAGUGUCCCGAGUUUUGAAACUGAGACCUCGCUCCAAUUCCAGCCUGCUCCCAGUCUUCCUCUGCCCACUCCCUCGGGAAAUUCCACGAUCGGACCACUGUAAUUUAUUUCAUUUUGGUAACUUGGACUUCGAAUACGUUGUCGAGUCAUCUCUUGGCUUUACCUAUAUCCUGCUCCUCACUAAGACUAACUUCACGUGUACCAUUAAUAUUGUUGCAAUCCCGAUACUACAUUGCUGCUUUGGUGAUCCAUUACUGGUUGAUAGAGGCUUGUCCGAUGCAUGAAUGUCG